GCUGUAACUAGGUACCUAACCUAGGUACCUACCGAAGGACAGAUGCGCCUUCAGCUCAAGCCAGGAUGGCACGACAUGGUCCCAAAGAAAUGUCGCGCGUACCCACUCAACGAACGGGACCGGCAAGUCAAACAAGAAGUCGCCAAAAUGGAAUCCCAAGGCAAGCUUACACGCACUACGCGUCAAGUGUCAUUCUCAUUCCCAGUAUUUGUUGUAUAUGAAACCAUGCCAGACGGGACCCAGAAAGGCCGUAUGGUUGUUGACAUCCGAGGCCUCAACAAGAUAACCAUGUCCGACUCGUACCCGAUGAAAUCCCAGGACGACAUCAUGGCGAAAGUGGCCAAAAUACAUCGCAAUUUUUGACGCCAUAUCGUUUUACUACCAGUGGCGGGACAUCCUGAAGACAGAUGGGCUUUCACAAUUGUGACACCAGACGGACAGUACACGUUCAAUUGAGGUACCUUAGGUAGGUACCUAGACGUCUAGACUGGCUACCAACGGCCUGUCGACCAUUUCCUGCAAUCUCCCCCAGCGAGCUAACCCCCGCCGAGAUUCCCCACCUCAGAUCGUCAAACCGACCGAGAAGGCAA